AUGUCUACGCCGCCCCAGACGGCCAUCGACGAGGGCUCAUAUUUGUCCCCAACAACACCGGAGCGCAAGGCACAGUUUGACGGAUCGACGCUCAACUCGAGGUCGGGUUCUUUCUCUGAUGGUCCGGCCAGGUUCCGGUCGAAUUCCGGCAUCUCAGCAACAUCGAGUGCGACCUUUUAUUCGAAAUCCAGUCUGGAAUACGAGUCACCGGAAGACGCCUUGCGACCCGACAAGGGGAACGAAAAGGACUUUGAGGUGCCCAACAAUCCCUUCGCCUUCACACCAGGCCAGCUAAAUAAGCUCCUCAACCCCAAAUCGCUAUCGGCGUUCAAGGCGCUCGGUGGCUUGAAAGGGCUGGAGCGCGGCCUCAGAACGAGUAUCACAGCGGGAUUGUCUGUCGACGAAACGCGCCUGGAUGGACAAGUUUCCUUCGAAGAAGCCGUCGCUGCAGGAUCGGAUAAAGCAUGUUCAAACGUCCCUCUAGGCCGGUCAGACUCGCGGGGUAGUGUGAGCACGCGGGAUGUCAAGGGCCAAUUCGAAGACCGGCUGCGAGUCUUCAAAGACAACCGCCUGCCCGAGAGAAAGCCGGACAGCAUCCUGGUUCUCAUCUGGAGAGCAUACAACGACAGAAUUCUCAUUCUUCUUACCAUUGCGGCGGUAAUCUCCCUGUCAUUGGGCAUCUACGAGAGCGUAGACGGAGGGUCGGGCGUGGAUUGGGUUGAAGGUGUCGCUAUCUGUGUCGCCAUCAUUAUCGUGGUGACUGUUGGGGCCGCGAACGACUGGCAAAAGGAACGGCAAUUUGUCAAGCUCAAUAAACGCAAAGACGACCGCGAAGUAAAAGUCAUCCGGUCGGGAAAGUCGAUCCAGAUCUCUGUGCACGACAUCACCGCCGGCGAUGUCCUCCAUCUGGAGCCUGGCGACGCCAUCCCUGCCGACGGUAUCUUUAUCUCUGGCCACGGUGUCAAAUGUGACGAAUCGUCGGCCACGGGUGAGUCCGACCAGAUGAAGAAGACCCCUGGCGACGAGGUAUGGCAGCGCAUCCAGGACGGGACUGCCACCAACAAGCUCGAUCCUUUCAUCAUCAGCGGCGCCAAGGUGCUCGAGGGAGUCGGGACCUAUCUGGUCACCAGUGUCGGUGUCAACAGCUCCUAUGGAAAGAUCUUGAUGAGUCUUCAAACCGACAACGAGCCCACGCCUCUGCAAGUCAAGCUCGGCAAGUUGGCCAACUGGAUCGGUGGCCUCGGCAGCUCCGCCGCCGGGCUCUUGUUCCUGGUGCUGCUGAUCAAGUUCCUCGCAAAUCUGUCCGGCGACACUCGACCAGGUGCCACAAAGGCACAGGAAUUCUUGGAUAUUCUAAUCGUUGCCAUCACCGUCAUUGUUGUCGCUGUUCCUGAAGGGCUGCCUCUAGCUGUGACCUUGGCUUUGGCGUUUGCCACCACGCGCAUGCUGAAGGAGAACAAUCUCGUCCGGGUCCUCCGGGCCUGCGAAACGAUGGGCAACGCCACGACCAUCUGUUCAGACAAGACGGGGACGCUCACCCAGAACAAAAUGACCGUCGUUGCAGGCACGCUGGGAGCAAAGGAGAAGUUCGCCUCCUCCCAGGCGGACGAAAGUGCGGUCUCGUUCAAUACCAUUUUCAGCAAUCUGUCCGCCGAGGUCAAGGAACUGCUCCGACUGUCCAUCACCCUCAACAGCACAGCAUUCGAAGGUGAAGAGAAGGGCGUGCCGACCUUCAUCGGCUCCAAGACCGAAGUGGCGCUGCUUCAACUCGCAAAGGGCAAUCUCGGCCUCGACGACUUGGCCGCCGAGCGAUCGAGCUACAAGGUCAAGCAGCUCAUUCCAUUCGACUCGGCGCGCAAAUGCAUGGGCAUCGUCAUCAAGCACAAGGGAGGCUACCGUCUUUUCGUCAAGGGCGCGGCAGAAAUCAUGCUCGCCAACUCGACCAAGACCAUUUCGAACGUGUACGACAAGCAGUUCGAAGUCACGGACCUGACGGGCCAAGAGAAAGAAAACAUUGCCGCAAUCAUCGAAGAAUACGCCCAGCACUCCCUCCGCACAAUCGGCAUGCUCUACAAGGACUUCCCGCAGUGGCCCCCCAUCGGAGCGAAGACGCUCGAGGAAGAUCCCAAGAUGGCCGACUUUGCGGACAUCUUCCACGAAAUGACGUGGAUCGGCGUUGUUGGCAUUCACGAUCCCCUCAGAGAAGGCGUCGUCGAAGCCGUGGCACAGUGCCAGCAUUCCGGCGUGGUGGUCCGCAUGGUCACCGGCGACAACGUCACCACCGCGCGUGCGAUUGCCAGCGACUGUGGCAUCCUCCGCAAGGAUGAAGACGGCAUCGUCAUGGAAGGUCCCAAGUUUCGGCAACUGUCGAACGAAGAGAUGGACAACAUCCUCCCUCGACUGCGAGUUCUGGCGCGUUCGUCACCCGAGGAUAAACGCAUUCUGGUCAGCCACCUGAAGCAGCUCGGCGAGACCGUCGCGGUGACCGGCGACGGCACUAAUGACGGGCCUGCGUUGAAGAUGGCCGACGUCGGUUUCAGCAUGGGCAUCGCGGGCACCGAAGUCGCCAAGGAGGCUUCAUCGAUCAUCCUGCUGGACGACAACUUCUCCUCGACCAUCACCGCGCUCAUGUGGGGUCGCGCCGUCAACGACGCGGUCAAGAAGUUCCUCCAGUUCCAAAUCACGGUCAACAUCACGGCGGUGAUCCUGACCUUCGUGUCCGCCGUGUCCAGCGAGUCCAACCACUCGGUCCUCACGGCGGUGCAGCUCCUGUGGGUCAACCUCAUCAUGGACACCCUCGCCGCGCUGGCUCUCGCCACGGACGCGCCGACGAAGAAGAUUCUCGAUCGGCCGCCGCAGCCAAAAUCCGAAGCGCUCAUCACGAUCAACAUGUGGAAGAUGAUCAUCGGCCAGGCCAUCUACCAACUGGUGGUCACGUUCGUACUGUACUUUGCCGGCAUGUCGAUCCUGUCGUACGAGCCGGAGCAGCGCAAGGAACUCAACACGAUCGUCUUCAACGCCUUUGUGUGGAUGCAGAUCUUCAACGAGCUCAACAACCGGAGGCUGGACAACAAGUUCAACAUCUUCGAGAACAUCCACAAGAACUUCUGGUUCAUGGGCAUCAACUGCAUCAUGGUCGGCGGCCAGAUCAUGAUCGUCUUCGUCGGCGGCGCGGCCUUUAGCAUCACCGCGCUGAACGGUCCUCAAUGGGCCAUCUCUCUGCUCGUGGCCGUGCCCUGUCUGCUCUGGGGCGUGCUGGUCCGGUGCUUCCCCGACGCAUGGUUCGCAGUCGUGUUCAACGGCACGGUCGCAGGGAUGACGGUCGUGCUCCGCCCCAUCUGGAAGGUUCUUCGCGUCAUUUUCCACCCCGUCGCGCAAGUCUUCCGCGCCAUGUCUCGUGUGACCAAGCGCACUGUGCGCAAGAUGACGGGCAAGAAGGCUCCCGAGGAGGACGAAGACCCGCAGACGCCCGUCGACGAAGAGCGACCCUCCAUCGCCUUGACGGAGAAGCAACCCGCCACCGUCGACGAGGCAACGCGCGUCUCUUCCUCGCUGACGCCUGUCCCGACGGAACAACUCCACGGGGCCGAAAAGGGCAAGGCACGGGACGAAGACAACCAAGGCGGCGACAGCGGUCCGGAGAGGAGAGACGUGCCGGUGCCGUCGUUCUCCAUCACUGGGCCGACCUAG